AUGAGUGGAGGAAGCGUUUCAAGUUUGCAUGAACGAAGCGGCAGCGAUGAGGAGCAUCUUUCAUUUGAUGCUUGUCAGCGAAGAUACGUCCCACUCCAUGAGAGGAUCAAUAGACGAGUUCAGGAUAAGACGCCAUUUUUCUCACUAGAGUUUUUCCCACCUAAAACGGCAAAUGGAGUGGCAAAUUUUUUCACUAGGUUGGAUCGUUUCAACGAAGGUGGCCCGCUAUUUGUUGACAUCACUUGGCAUUUGGGUAGUGAUCCAGCCAACAUGAACAAGGAGACAUCGUCGUCAUCGAUUGCUGCCGGAUGUCUUGACUACUGUCGGGUGGAUACAAUGCUUCAUAUGACGUGCGCGCAGUACUCUAAGGAACAGACGAUCAAACACCUCGAACAGAGUAAAUCUGUCGGGCUUCGGAACAUUCUCGCGCUUCGAGGAGACCUUCCCAUUAUGGAAACUGAUGGAGUUCCAGUCUACAAGUAUCGAGCCUUGGAUAUGAUACGUUGGAUUCGUGAGGAGUUUGGCGACUAUUUCACUGUGUGCUGUUCAGGUAAU